AUGUCCUCUAGAGCGCCGAUUCCAUCCCUCGAGGAGAUUGUUAGAAACAAAAGGACUCGCGAAGAACGAGAAUCCAAACCAAAAUUUUUAUCUAAAGCCGAGCGAACACGUUUAGCUCUUGAACGAAGGCAAAAAGAUGUAGAACAAACCAAAAGCAGGCGAGCUACAGAGUUGUCAAACUUAAAGAAUGGAAUAAUCAAUCAGUACGAAGACGGGGCAAACGAUUCUGGAUCUGAAAGUAAGAGGGAUAAACUCGAAUCAUCAACACAAGUGAGCAAUGCAAGUAACUAUGAAAGCUCUACAGAUGAAGGUUUCGCUGCUGCUGUUCGACAAAGAUAUAUGGGCAUCCAACCCCAACCUCAAAAGAAGCGACGAAGAAAUGCAGAAAAAAAGUUCGUUUUUGACUGGGAUGCAACGGAUGAUACAAUGAAGGAUGCAGAUUUUUCCGUUUCACCUGAAUCGACGAUUGCUGUCUUUGGUAGAGGAAAACUAGGGGGCUUUGAUGAGAAAUCUAUAGAAAGCGUGAAAGAAAGAUCAGGAUUAAUUCAACGGUUAUUACAAGGAUCAGAUGAAGACAAAAAAAGAGCACAUGAACUCUUGCACUUGCACGAAAGAAAAUCCCGUAAAGUUGAUUGGGAUGACGUCCCUUGGAGAGAAAAACCUUUGGAAGCUAUGAAGCCUCGUGACUGGAGAAUUUUAAGAGAAGACUACAACAUCUCCAUGAAAGGAGAUGAUGUACCUAAUCCUUUGAGAAACUGGAAAGAAGCCAACUUACCCGGUGAACUUAUGAGUGUGUUAAAGAAAAAUAAUUAUAAGGAGCCAAGUUCUAUUCAACGUGCCUCAAUUCCCGUUUUACUACAAGGAAAAGAUUUGGUUGGAAUUGCUGAAACCGGUAGUGGUAAAACAGCAGCUUUCAUGAUUCCUCUGGUACAGACUAUACUGAAAUAUCCUCCUUUGGAUGAAACUAAUUUGCAUCUUGGACCGUAUGCGAUUGUACUAGCACCUACACGUGAGUUGGCUCAGCAAAUUCAAGCCGAGGGAAACAGAUUUGCCGAACCUCUUGGUUUUCGCUGUGUUUCUGUCGUUGGUGGUCAUGCUUUUGAAGAGCAAUCUUUUCAGUUAAGUCAAGGCGCUCAUAUUGUUGUUGCUACCCCUGGACGUCUAAUCGAUUGUCUUGAGAGAAGAGUUUUUGUUUUGAGUCAGUGUUCUUACGUUGUCAUGGAUGAAGCCGAUCGAAUGCUAGACAUGGGUUUCGAAGAGGAUGUGAAUAAGAUUUUGGAAUCUCUUCCUUCGUCAAAUAAUUCCGAUAAAAAUGCUAUCAUCCCUACUAGCGAGAGUCAACCUUCAUCAAUGCGUCGAACCCUGAUGUUCAGCGCUACUUUACCUCCGAGGGUUGCACAUCUUGCGCAACGAUAUCUCAACAAUCCCACGCUAUUGACUAUUGGUAGUAUUGGUCAAGCUGUUGACAGAGUUGAGCAAAUAGUUGAAAUGGUUUCUGACGACUCAAAACGCAUGAAGCGUCUUGAGGAACUUCUUGAAUCCGGUAAAUUUGCUCCUCCUAUUAUCGUUUUUGUAAAUUUGAAAAGAAAUAUUGAGGCUAUUUCUAAACAAUUGAAUACAUUAGGUUGGCACGCUGUUACACUUCACGGUAGUAAAAAUCAAGAACAAAGAGAAAAAGCUAUUGAACAACUACGUGGUGGAACAGCUGAUAUUUUGGUUGCUACAGACAUCGCUGGCCGUGGUAUUGAUAUACCCAAUGUAUCUCUAGUACUUAAUUACAAUAUGGCUAAAAGCAUUGAGGAUUACACCCACAGAAUUGGACGUACAGGUCGUGCUGGUAAAUCUGGUGUUGCGAUUACAUUUUUAGGUUCCGAGGAUGAAGAUGUCUUUUACGAUCUUAGGGUAAUGUUAUCAAAAAGUGCCAAAGCACGUAUCCCUGAUGAAUUGAAAAAUAACGAAGCUGCUUUUUCGAAGCACGCUCCUAUCACCCAGUAG